AAUUCUCUGUGUUCUCUCGAUCCAUCGAUUGACGAACUCCAUACAAGGCUUGGAUUCUCUCUCUAGGUCUCUCUCUCUCUAAUUAACUGUUAUGUAGAAGCGGUUUUUCCAAACUCUAAAAGCUUAUCCAUCCUUUUUCUUGCUGAUUUGAGCUUUUUGUGCUUUUUAUCAGUUAUUGUUUGAUUUCUCAUUCCCUGUGAAAUCAGCUUCUUUUCAAUAACUAGGGCAGAUUUAUAAUUUCCAGUUUGCCUGAAUCAAAUCAUUUGUACUAUUGGGCAAUAAUUUUCUGAAAUAUUAGUCCCAUGUUUGCGAUUGAAUUGGGGUAGUUGACCUUUCAUCUAUUGCAAAUGAUUUCUACUUGCUGCAGUUUGAUUCCAGAGAAGUAUCACUAGUAUUUGACCACACUUGGCGUCCAAGGAUUCCGAUCUCCGGAAUACGCACUUUUGAUUCCAGAGAAGUAUCACUAGUAUUUGACCACGCUUGGCGUCCAAGGAUUCUGAUCACCGGAAUACGUACGGAAAAGUAGAAAUUGGUUUCAACAAAUACUCCGUAGAAAACAGGAAACAGAAAAGUGGCAGUGUUACCAAACAAAGCUAAGGUGUUCGACGACAUUCUUGACCAAAAAUCCAGAGAGAGAGAAAGCAAAAAAGAUGGGGAAGAAACGAUCAAACAAGAAGCCACCCAAUUUCCCUUCUGGAUCGAUGCCUUCAAUGACACUGAGAGAGGAAUCUAUUGGGAAGAGGAAAACUAGUGUGAACCCCAAGUCCAUGCUCAAACUAGAUCACCUUCGAAAACUCGCUGUUUGGGCCAGCGGCGAAGCAUCUAUACCUUCUUUGGGUGCCUUUUUCGGGCACAGAUUGGCUGCUGUUCGUGAGGCGUUGGGGGCACCGCCUGACCUAUCGUUGGUUACUUGCCAGAGGUGCGAAUCCAUUCUUCAGCCUGGAUACAAUUGUACCAUUCGAAUUGAAAAGAAUAGAGCAAAAGCAAGGCGUAGUAGACACAAAAGGCCAAAUAUUUCCACCCAAAACAAUGUCGUAUACUCAUGCCACUUCUGCUCGCAUCGAAACCUGAAGAGAGGGACUCCUCGAGGCCAUACGAAAGAGAUAUGUCCUCCAAAGGCCAAACCACCCAUGAAAUCGAAAUCUUCACGCUCAAUCGUCCUAAAGUCUGUCAACUCAGAGAAACCUGCAAUGAGCAACCCUGAGGUUAAAAGGACAGAUGAGAUUGCCUUGCCAACAAUGACCACAGAGGAUCUUGUGACAGAGACUCCAGCAACACCUUCGGUCAGCACUUGUACAACUUUGUUGGAGGCAAAGAGAAGGAAAAGGAAUAGAUCUACGUCUAAGAAAGCAGCUGAACCAGAAAGUAAUUCUGCUGCAUUAGAUGCAGAAAAAUCUGUCGGCACGUCAAACAAACGGAAGAAGAAACCUUGGACGAGUCUGAAGGAAAUUGCUGAGCACAGUGAGCGUGGCAACAACCGAAGCCUCACGCAUUUAGCAAUCCCAUUUCUCAUAUAAGGUGGUCAAUUUUGUCCAUAAUGCUCAACUACUUUGGAGACUAGAAAGGAGCAAAUAACUGUUCUUGUUCAUUUUCAUGAGCAAUAGGUUGAUUUAUCUGCACCUCGGAUGAGGAUUUUCCUUUUCGUAAUUUGUAGAACGAAUUCAGAUGCAAGCUCUGGGAAUCACCAUAUUUUAUUCGAUAUGUAGCCUUGGUUAUGUAACAUUUUUGUUUCUUUA